UUUAUGAGGAAGAUCCGGGGGGGGGGCAAUUACAUGCAGAUCAAACGGCAGGCAAUCUAACUUUGAUAAUCUGUAGUUAGAUACACACAACAGGGAAGGCCCCACAACUGCAUACGUAUUGCAGCAUCAUUACAGCUGGAGCACAUUGUACAUGACACUGUGCAUUCCAACAGCGUGUGUAUGAUUUCUAAAGGAUUAUGGCAGCGUCUGGGAAACGUUACCUAGAAGGCGGAAGAGGCUGGGUUGUUGUAUUUGCGGCCUGUUUAGCAGAAUUCAUCAUCGUGGGAAGCUUGAAGGCUUUCGGUGUUCUUAUCACGGCCAUGAAGGAUGACUUCGAUACGGGACUGUGGGUCAUCGGCUCCAUUAAUUCCCUACACCUGGGAGUGCAGUUCAUUCUGACUCCUUUGGCCUCGGGUAUAGCGCGGAAAGUUGGAGGGCGCUUUGUGAUCUCUUGUGGCGGCCUACUCUUUGGACUUGGCGUGGUUCUGUCGUCGUUAACUCACCACAUUGCCUAUUUAGCUAUAACUCUUACAGUAAUUGCGGGUUCGGGCGCAGCAUGUACUUUGGAGAUAGUGCGUGCAGAGUUUGCCCUGUACUUCCACGAGAAGUACGACUUGGCCAUCUUUGUGUCUCUCCUCGGGGCUCCAAUUGGCUUUUUGCUGUAUGGACCAGCCACACAGGUCCUUUUGGACACCUACGGCUGGCGAGGUGCAAUGCUCAUACUUGGUGGCUUCGGUUUUCAUCUGACCUGCGCUGGUUUCUUGGUUAGAAGACCUCCUGGGAUAUACGCAACUAUCCCUAGUCAAGAUCUGUCAACCGAGAACGAGAUCUUGGAGCAAAGCGAGGACCACACCUGGGAGGAAAGCGAGGACCAAAUCUCAAAGCAAAGCGAGGACCAGAUCUCAAAGCAAAGCGAAGACCAGAUCUCAAAGCAAAGCGAAGACCAAUUCUUGAAGGAAAGCGAGGACCAGAUCUCAAAGGAAAGGGAAGAACACAUUUUGAAAGAAAGCAAGGACCAGAUCUCAAAGCAAAUCGAGGACCAAAUCUUGAAGCAAAGGGAGGACCAAAUCUCGCAGCAAAGCGAGGACCAGAUCUUGAAAGACAGCAAAUACCAGCUCUCGAAGCAAAGUGAGGACCAGAUCACGAAGCAAAGCGAGGGCAAGAUGAACGGAAAAGAAACCAAGGACCAGACCUCAGAGCAAAGUGUCCGAGGGCCUGAGCCUUGGAUGAAGUGGAUCGAAUCUAUCGUCUCAGCCACUGGUAUCGAAGUUUUCACAAGCUGUGACUUUGUGCUCUUGGCAGCCAUAAAGAUGUUCUACAGCAUUUCACUGGGCGGGAUCUUAGUGUAUAUGGUACCCAACGGUCUGGCUGUAGGCCUUACGAACACCCAGGCUUCUUUCCUGAGCACGGCAUUCGGUAUUGGUUGUUUUGCUGGUCCUGCUCUUGUGCUUUUAGUUUUGAAAAUAAAGUUGGCUUCGUGCCAUGUUGCUGCGAUGGUCGCAGUUGCUGUUACUGCUGUGGGUUUUGCCUUGGACCCUUUCAUUCCUUCCUUUGCAGGGCAGAUGGUCAAUACGUUCAUAAUAGCAGCUGGUAUAGCUGCUGUUAUUCAAGUGGUAAUGGUGCUGACGAGAUAUCUGCCUUUUACCGACGAUAAGUUCGUCAUCGUCUUGGGUUGGUUGGGCUUCCUGGGCGGCUUGGCAACUUCCGUUGGUGACACUCUGUCAGGCUUGCUCUAUGAAGUCACAAAGAGCUUCCGCGGGACCUUCUUCGUCUAUAGCGCCGCCAUGGUAGCCAGUGGAUUACUUCUUUUGUUGGACCUGUGCCGUGCCCGCUACCGUGAGCGGUGAAAAGACAACAAUUUACACUAAAGAUAGUGAGAUCCAUAAAGUAUACCAGGAAUAGUACAAUAGUGAGGCAGAUAGAGGACAUAUUUGGGGAAUUGUGCCUUUGAUGAUACCUGUACAAGUAUGGAAUUUGCCACGUAGUCAGAGUAUGUCUUAAGAAAGAUAACUGGCUGUAACAGAUUUGUCCUUUGAACAAAUCUAGGAAGAAUAACAAACAAUUUCCAAAUUUUACGAAAUGGCUGCCAUUACAUGUUAUUCCACCUAUAUUUUUUUCAAAGGACCAAUUUGCGAUGGCCCGUAGCCAAAUAUCGUUCUCAUGACAUCCUCUGACUGUGUGCCGAAUUCCAUGCUUGUAUCUUCAAAGGCACAAGCCCAUUACUUAUCUGUCGUACUACAAAUGGUUCAGAAACAAUUAUAAUUGAAGUACAAGAGUUUUGAAGUGUAUUUGUGUUACAGUCGAACCCUGAUAAGAAGAACACUGUUAAUACAACGUUAUGCUUAUAACAAGCACA